GCCUUUCUGUUCCUGGAACUCUGCUGUGGUGAAGGGUUUCGGUUGGUGCUUUGCCUCCAUCAUGCAGUUGGAGUCUUGUGGCCCUGGAACUUUGUCCAGAACUCCAGGGGUUUGUCGACCGAUGACCCGAAUUCAUGGACUGCUGUUGAGCUGCCUGGGCAGGCGGCAGGCGGCAGUCCGAUAAGAUAAGAGCUCCAAAAUUAAAUGGACGGCAAAGCAUCUUUCCCUCCUGGAAAGGGGCCGCAAGCCAGGAAGCGCAAGGAUCCCCCAAACACUACAAAGGAUAACAAUUCCAAGGCAAAAGAUGAUGCGCGGACGACGACUACGACGCGGUCAGCCAAACGCGUCAAGUUCCAGGAUGCACGCAACAUUCGUUCCCAGCCGUCGGACGCCGCCUUAGAGGACGGCAAGCUCGACUUGCAAAAAUUCCUCAAUGCCCGCGAAUUCGAGAUCAAGGCGCUUGAGAGUAGCAUGCGCAAAUGCAAGGCUGCCAAUGCAACUCGAGUGUUCCAACAGGUGCCCCGCGCUAUGCGGCGGAGGACCGCAAGCCACAAUGUCAAGAGGGUACCGAAGAGAUUGCGCGAGCGGGCAAGGAGGGAGAUGAUCGAGGACAAUACCCCCACCGUCGAGGCACGAAAACGACGACCUCGAACCACCCGCGCACGGAUCCGAGCGGAAACCGCAAGGAGGCUGGGCAUACUCGCCGCUAGAAAGAGGAAAAGGCAGCUUGAGAAGCUUACUGCCGACAUUGCCUCAACAGCCGACGCCGCUGCGAAGCCGACCGUGCACACGAGGGCGCCGAGACCCAAGAUCCGACGUAACGUCUUGAAUGACCCGCCCAAGGCACAAUCCAAGUUCAGAAAAAGACAAGUCAAUAAAACAUGGCUACCUACACACCUAUGGCAUGCGAAACGGGCGAAGAUGACGGAGCCAAGCAAGCCACUGUGGAGGUUCGCCAUCCCGCUGACGCCUACAGAGAAAUGCUACAGACCGACCCAUCGAGCCUCCAGUCAAAAGGGGCUUGUGGUAUGGGACACUAGCUACAUGAGCACCAUAGGGCUGUACGGGACGGCUGAAGGCGUUGAGCGGGUUUUGAGGGCCCUAGGUUUGACGCAAGACGGCCUUUGGGGGGCGCGAGGUGUGAAGUGGAGGGCUGGCGUGCGGAAAUGGACCGGCUUCCUCAGCAAGCAGAUGAAGGAUUCUAGGCGUGAUAUCGGACCAGCUACCAUCGUUUGGAAUCCCCAGGCACCUGUUCAGAAUGCAGAGUCGGCCACCUCGAACCAGCCGAAAAAGAUCACGAGGCAACUGCUUAUUCGAACGCAUCCGUCCUGUUUUCUCGAGUUAUUCCAGGAGCUCGUCAAGUUGUGCAAGAUGCAAACCCCCAAGCUGCAUGUGGAGGACUUGCGUUUUGAGAUCGGUAGCAUCGAGCUAACAGGGCCUGGCUCUACCGAAGCCUUGCUGGGCAUUUUGCAACCCUACUACACCAAGCCCGAGACGCAGGAACGCCACGGCCAGGUCUUCACGUCUCUUGUUGGCGUCUCUAACCCAGCAUCUCUUCACAAGGAUGCUCUCUUAGCCUUUUCGGUAAAGGAUCCUCGGCUUGCUUAUCCUCCUAAGACGGUCAAGAUUCCAAACGGCAGUGCGAACAAAUCUCUGAUUGAAACGCUCACUGACUGGCCGGUUGAGGAAGGAUUGAAACCAUUCAAUAUCUUUUGCCGUGACAGUCGAUAUGUAGCCUCCAUGCUACCCUCUCAGAAGGCUAUAAAUCGACGGAAAGGUUCUAGUACUCCCGGAGAACCGCUCCAGGUUACUAGGGCCGACCCGCCAAUUCCGGUCAUGCUUUUCGCCUCCCGACCUGCGACAGAUGGGCAGACGCAAGGGACAUGGACGCUACUGGCACCAUGGAAGUGCGUUCUGCCCAUAUGGUAUUCACUCAUGCACUACCCCCUCUCCACCGGAGGUAACCCGCGACUUGGGGGCCUGGACGAGCAAAGGCAGAUCGCGUUUGAGCAGGGAGCCCCUUGGUUCCCUGGGGACUUCCCGGCUACUGACGCAGGGCUUAGUUGGGAGAUGGAGCAACGGGCCAAGAGGAAGCAGGAUUGGGAUCGCCGCCCGAAGGGCAAGAGGAUCGAGUGGACAUCGCUCGACCUAGGUGCCGGUCGGAAGGGCGAGAUCGGAGACGGUCUUGCGUGCGAUUUUGAGCAUCUUUUCGGGCUCCACCAAGCACCUAUCUUGCCAUCCUCAGCCGACGCGAUGGACCUCGACCCUCCCGAACAGUCGGAACCUUUAGGGGGCGAAGACGUCCCUCGACACAGCUCUCACGCUCUUGCAGUUAUUAGACGGCUGACAAAGGCGUCCUUCAGCUCGUUGCUCGGAACGCAAAAUCCGGACAAACCACUAACACAGUGUAUCAUCACGGUUAAUCUUAGCUUCGUUACACGAGGCGUGGCCAAUACUUGUGCGCGUAUCUACCGGCUCCCAAGCCCAAAGCCCAACGCCGCGGGGCCCUGUCCAGAGGCUGAAGUGCCGGCUUCCGUCCCUUGCUCAAGCCACCCAGGAUCCCUGCCGUUUGAUCUGAGGGAUCAGUGGCUUCGGCGACUCCCUUCGAAAUCGACAGGGGUCGGCAAGGGCAGGUCCCGAUCAGGCCCUCGAAAGAUGCCGCAGGGAGUCGAUAUGGAGACGCGCAAAAGGCUCCUCGCCCAGUCGCUCGUCGCGACGGAGCUGCCGUAUCCCAGGCCGGCGGCCAAUCAGGUAGAUAUCGGCGGGCACCCGCUGUGUCCGGACGAGGACGACCUGAUUGGCUUCGUCACUACGGGGGCAUUCAGUCUGAGUGAGGGCAAAGGCACGGCAGUGGGUUCCAUCUCUGCGGCAAAGGCGCUCGAGGCUCUGCAAGAAUCGGGGCCCCGGAAAGGGAAACUCUGCAUAGUGAGAAAUGCAGGAGAGAGUGUGGGAUGGUUAGCCCGCUGGGAGCUUGUGUGAUGGGCCUUGCUUGGCGGGGUGGUAUUACACUAGUCGAAGCCUUUUCCGAUCGGGUUUGCAUCUGCAAGCCACCGGAAACCAAGCAAACAGCGUGGGAGAAGAAGCGGAUUACCGGAUUUGAAUGUUCGAUCUCAAAUGCCGAUAACCACUGUUUGAGUGGAUGCCUCUCGUAACAUAGGGAGAUGUAUAAGGCGGUUUGUAGGUGCUUUCUCAGGAAGUGAGGGCCUAUCAUUGUAGGGUUAACGUGAUGGGAUGCAAGGGCCCAGGUGAGAUUUGCCCUUCACACAACUAGCAUUUCCAGACAGCUUCAGCUGAUGGACGUAUGAGUGUAUAUACAUACUU